GGAGAGCCAGUCUAAGUUCCAAAACUGAAGAACCUGGAUCCGAUGUUCAAGGGCAGGAUGCAUCCAGCAUGGGAGGAAGAUGUAGGUUGGGAGGCUAGGCCAGCCUCUCUAUUCAUAUUUUUCUGCCUGCUUAUAUUCCAGCUGCAUUGGCAGCUGGUCAGAUUAUGCCCACCCAGAUGUAGGGUGGGUCUGCCUUUCCCAGCCCACUGACUCAAAUGUUAAUCUUCUUUGGCAACACACUCACAGACACACCAAGGAGCAAUACUUUGUGUUCUUCAACCCAAUCAAGUUGACACCCAGUAUUAACCAUCACAUCUGGUAACUUCCCAAUAUUUCUUUUAUAUCCAUAUCUUCACUGCAUCGUUUCCAUACCUGCACCCCCAACCAGCAACCAGUGAGUGCAGGCGGCCCCGUGCCUGAGAAGGCUAUUUUCUCCUUAUGGUCCAUGUGCUUUCUCCCCACCUUUUCUUAUUUAAUGUCUGACUGUCCCCCACAACUGGAUUGUAAACCCGGUGAGGGCAGAGACCUUGUCCAUUUUAUUCUCUGAAGAAUCCCCAGCAUGUGCUCCAUACAUGUUGGAUGGCCAGAUGGACAAAUGCAUAAAUACCAAGCUUAGUGGGUGAGCAGGCCCAGGCUUACAGGCUGCAGGACCUUAGGUAACUCCCUUGACCUGCCUCUGCCUGAGGUCUACUGUCUGGCUGAUGGUUACUCUUCCUAGGUUGAGAUCCAAAGCUGGGAAAAGCAGAGAGGAUCAGUUUGGCUUGCAUCCUAGCUAUAGCUAUGGGAAUGUUUACUAGUAAUACAUACGGAGUCAUCCACUGUGCAUUUGGGAGAUGGGGUGGGGAAGGGUGGUGGGGAGGGAGCCUGCAUGGGAUAGCAUCUGGUUGUUUUACUCAUGAUUCUAAGAAAUUUGUUGGUUGCUUUUGAGAGGGAGGGUCCCAAGGAGGUGCUUUAGAGGUCGUGUUCUCUGCCAUUUCUUUGAAAUUGAGACCUUGCCGGCAUCGUUACACAUGCAGGUUAUAGAUGUGUGGACAGGAUGAAAGUGAUCGUAGAUGAGAUGAGCAGAGAACGCCGCCAUAAAAGAGAGGCUUAUUUCCAAAGGUAGCUUAUGGAAAUUUGCCCUCCUACUUGGUAACCACACCGCAGAGAAAUUGCAUGCCCGUUGGUAAAGAGUUAAUCAUCAGUAAAAGAUAUCUCGUAUCCUGUUAUUCAUGUUGGUCCUGGUGGCACAGUGGCCCCAGGGCACUCAUUUAGAUUCAUGGGUUUUCCCACCUACAUAAUGAAACUCGUUAUCCUUCCAUCUAUUUAUCUGCCCACUAUUCUUUCUGAUGCCCCCACAACCUCUUUCUCUUGCCCUGUGACAUCUGAGCUGCUGUCAUCUGCCUGAGGUCAGCAGAGUUUCUAAUUGUCCCACAGGACAGCUAGAGGCACGGGGGGGCCUGGGCAAAGCCUGCUGGGAGGAGUAGUGUCCUGGAGCAGUGUCUGCCCCCAGCCCCUGGGUCUGUCCCUCAGCUCCCUUUAUCUAGACGAUCAGGGCAAGCCUCAAGAGCUGAUGUGGUGAGUAGCACAGCACCAGGGCAGAGGCAGCCUGCAGCCCAGGGUCUGCUCCUCCAGGCCCCUUCCCAGCCUUCCUCCUGGAGCUCGGCCUGCACAUCGACCCAGGCCUUACGGGACCCAAGGCGUAUCCUGAGCCAGCUUGCUCACCCUCAUCUGCCAUGUUUGGCUGUGUUUCACAGCCUCCUCUCUGCUCCUCUCCUCUUCCCCUCCACACAGCCAGCUUCAUCAGCCUUUCAGGCCCAGCUAGGUUUCUCCUCUGGGAAGCCUGUUUGGAUGCCCCUCACCCCACACUGGUUCGGCAACCCUCAGUGCUCCACAUGAGGAGUCAAUGAGAUAUUUCAUCAAAAGCAUGGAGCACGGCAUCUGGCCCAGUUCAGCAGUCCACCUGAUCCCGGUGUCGACAGCUAAGAAUGGAGUGAGUAGCAAGAGUCGAAAGAGAAUCAUGCCUGACCCUGUGACGGAGCCCCCUGUGACAGACCCCGUUUAUGAAGCUCUUUUGUACUGCAACAUCCCCAGCGUGGCCGAGCGCAGCAUGGAAGGUCAUGCCCCGCAUCAUUUUAAGCUGGUCUCAGUGCAUGUGUUCAUUCGCCACGGAGACAGGUACCCACUGUAUGUCAUUCCCAAAACAAAGCGACCAGAAAUUGACUGCACUCUGGUGGCUAACAGGAAACCAUAUCACCCAAAACUGGAAGCUUUCGUUAGUCACAUGUCAAAAGGAUCCGGAGCCUCUUUCGAAAGCCCCUUGAACUCCUUGCCUCUUUACCCAAAUCACCCACUGUGUGAGAUGGGAGAGCUCACACAGACAGGAGUCGUGCAGCAUUUGCAGAAUGGCCAGCUGCUGAGGGACAUCUAUCUAAAGAAACACAAACUACUGCCCAAUGAUUGGUCUGCAGACCAGAUCUAUCUAGAGACCACUGGGAAAAGCCGGACCCUACAAAGUGGGCUGGCCUUGCUUUAUGGCUUUCUCCCAGAUUUUGACUGGAAGAAGAUUUAUUUCAGGCACCAGCCAAGUGCGCUGUUUUGCUCUGGAAGCUGCUAUUGCCCAGUAAGAAACCAGUAUCUGGAAAAGGAGCAGCGUCGUCAGUACCUCCUACGUUUGAAAAACAGCCAGCUGGAGAAGACCUAUGGGGAGAUGGCCAAGAUCGUGGACGUCCCCACCAAGCAGCUUCGAGCUGCCAACCCCAUAGACUCCAUGCUCUGCCACUUCUGCCACAAUGUCAGCUUUCCCUGUACCAGAAAUGGCUGUGUUGACAUGGAACACUUCAAGGUAAUUAAGACCCAUCAGAUCGAGGAUGAAAGGGAAAGACGGGAGAAGAAAUUGUACCUCGGGUAUUCUCUCCUGGGUGCCCACCCCAUCCUGAACCAAACCAUCGGCCGGAUGCAGCGUGCCACCGAGGGCAGGAAAGAAGAGCUCUUUGCCCUCUACUCUGCUCAUGAUGUCACUCUGUCACCAGUUCUCAGUGCCUUGGGCCUUUCAGAAGCCAGAUUCCCAAGGUUUGCAGCCAGGUUGAUCUUUGAGCUUUGGCAAGACAGAGAAAAGCCCAGUGAACAUUCUGUCCGGAUUCUUUACAAUGGCGUCGAUGUCACAUUCCACACCUCUUUCUGCCAAGACCACCACAAGCAUUCUCCCAAGCCCAUGUGCCCACUUGAAAACUUGGUCCGCUUUGUCAAAAGGGACAUGUUUGUAGCCCUGGGUGGCAGUAGUACAAAUUAUUAUGAUGCAUGUCACAGGGAAGGAUUCUAAAAAGUAUGCAGUAUAGCAGUGUAGAAUCGAUGCCAAUACAGAGCACAGGGAAAGGUCCACUUCUAGUUUUGUUUGUUGCUAAGGGUAGAAGAUAAUUGCUUUUUAAAGGCUAAAUAUUGUUUGUGGGAACCACAGAUGGUUGGGGUUGAACAGUAAGCACGUUGCUGUAAUGUGGUACCUGAAUUGCUUGGUACAAAAUGGCCAGUUCACACAGGAAUAGAAGGUACUUUAUCAUAGCCAGACUUCGCUUAGAAUGCCAGAAUAAUAUAGUUCAAGACCUGAAGUCUCCAAUCCAAGUUUGCACUCUUCUGGCCUGCCCCAUGGUACUAUGUGAUAGAACCAGCACACCUCAACCAAAAUUUUUUUAAUCUUAGAUAUUUUUACCUUGUCCUUGUUAAGAAUUUCUUGAAGUGAUUUAUCUAAAAUAAAAGUUGGCAAACUUUUUCUGUAAAGGGCCAGAUUGUAAAUAUUUCAGACUGUGUGGACCAAAAGGCCACAUACAGUCUCUGUCCUAACUACUCAACUCUAUUUCUGAAGCAGGAAAGCAACCACAGACAGUACGUAAAGGAAUAUGUGUAGCUGGGUUCCCAGGCCGGACAAAACAGAUGGUGGCCAGAUUUGGCCCCUGGGCUGUAGUUUGCUGACCCCGAUCUAAAAAAUAGGCUGUACGACAAUUGCACUUCCAGCACUUUGAGAACGAGUUGAAUACCAAGAAUUAUUCAAUAGUUCCUCCAGUAACUUCUGCUAGAAACACAGAAUUUGGUCUGUAUCUGACACUAGAACAAAACUUGAGGGUAAAUAAACAUUGAAUUAGAAUGAAUCAUAGAAAACUGAUUAGAAGAAUACUUGAUGUUUAUGAUGAUUGUGGUACAAGAUAGUUUUAAGUAUGUUCUAAAUAUUUGUCUGCUGUAGUCUAUUUGCUGUAUAUGCUGAAAUUUUUGUAUGCCAUUUAGUAUUUUUAUAGUUUAGGAAAAUAUUUUCUAAGACCAGUUUUAGAUGACUCUUAUUCCUGUAGUAAUAUUCAAUUUACUGUACCUGCUUGGUGGUUAGAAGGAGGCUAGAAGAUGAAUUCAGGCACUUUCUUCCAAUAAAACUAAUUAUGGCUCAUUCCCUUUGACAAGCCGUAGAACUGGAUUCAUUUUUAAACCAUUUUCAUCAGUUUCAAAUGGUAAAUUCUGAUUGAUUUUUAAAUGUGUUUUUGGAAGAACUUUGCUAUUAGAUAGUUUACAGAUCUUUAUAAGGUGUUUUAUAUAUUAGAAACAAUUAUAAUUACAUCUGUGAUUUCUGAACUAAUGGUGCUAAUUCAGAGAAAUGGAAAGUGCAAGUGAGAUUCUCUGUUGUCAUCGGCAUUCCAACUUUUUCUCUUUGUUUUUGUCCAGUGUUGUAUUUGAAUAUGUCUGUUUCUAUAAAUAAAUUUUUGAAGAAUACCUAUACUAUA